CUGAGCAAAGUAACCAUCAUUAUCUAUAUAUGUUACUUCCUGUUCUAGCUUUCCUCCAUUUUUCACCUUUUCCUUUCUAUACAAGAAUGUUGUUGUGGUCGGGUUAGGAUGCAGAGCUGUAAAGACUCAGAAUUACUGAAAAUAACUUAAAAUUUUCCCUAAGGCGAUAUCUCUUCAAUGACUAAGAAGAGCUGGUUCAAUCUAGUGAAGAGGUUUUUUCUCUUUGAAACACUUUCAAAAACAGAUAAGAAGGAGAAAAGAAGGAAAUGGAUGUUUGGAAGGUUUAGGACCAAAAGGUUGGCAUCCCUUACAGCUCCAUCACCAUCAAGAGACAGGAAAAAAUGUGAAAGAGAGGAAGAACAUGACAAACAUGGUUUAACUGUGGCUAUUGCCACAGCUGCUGCCGCCGAAGCAGCUGUUACAACUGAUCAGGUUGCGGCCGAGUUUGUCCGGCUCACUUGUACCCCUCAAUCUAAACAUAAAUGUGAAGCAGAAACAGAAGAACAAACUGUGGAUGUUCAACCUGAUUCCUCUUCAUCUAAUGAGCAUGAGAGAAGGAUACAAGAACUUGUUGCCACAAAAAUUCAGGCUGCCUUUCGGGGCUACGUUGCAAGGAAAGCUUUGCGGGCACUGAAGGGGAUAGUGAGGCUUCAAGCAAUCAUCCGAGGCUGGGCUGUUAGACGACAAGCAAGGACUACUCUAAAAUGCUUACAAUCAAUUGUAAAUAUUCAGUGUCAGGUUUGUGCAAGGAGAUUCCAAAUGGCAGAAGGUACUUGGCAAUAUGAUGAGAACAAACAGUUGCUGACAUUGAAAGACAAGAUUAUUAAGGUGGACAUAAACAGUCAAAGAAGAUGGGAUGAUAGCAUUUUGACAAAGGAAGAGGCGGAUGCAAUGGUUUUAAGCAAGAAAGAAGCAGCAAUCAAAAGAGAGCGGAUAAAGGAAUACUCGUAUGUUCAUCGGAAGUCAGCAGAAUCAGAACAGAAUAAGGGUAAUGGAAGAUUAAAGUACUGGUUAGACGAAUGGGUGGAUACUCAAGUCACUAAAAGUAAAGAACUUGAAGAUUUGGACUCGGUUUGGACUUCAAUCCGCAGGCCUACAGAGGAAACCAGAGCUAAACAACUAAAGCUGGAGACCUUUCCAAGACAGUAUCAUCAUCAUAUUGAUGGUUUGGAUUCUCCAGCACCAGUUCCACGAAGAUCGUUUCACAGAAAGCAGUGUUCUUUGGGAGAAGACAAUUAUUUUUCGACCUCUCCUGUAGUUCCAACAUACAUGGCUGCUACACAAUCUGCUAAGGCAAAUGUAAGAUCAAUGAGCUCACCAAAGCUAAGGCCUGGAAGUUUUGAUACGCAGUCUGAAAGCUACUCACCAUAUAAGAACAAGCUCUCUCUUAUAUCUUCUGUUACACGUACAAGAGAAGCGCCCAGCAGUUGUGGGAUCAGUAGUAGGCCUAGCGCCUAUCAGCAGAGAUCCCCUAGCCUAAAGGGUGUUCCAGGUCCUGUAAAAUCAAAGCGACCUUUGAAGGAUCUGAGCUUUAACUCUGGGUGUUCGUUACCUAAUUGGGUGCGAGAAAGCACCUUCAGAUGAUUCUUCCGUUCUGAUUAUUUGGUGAUGAUAGCAAUUCUUUUUUAUUUUGUUGGUUUGAAGUGUAGAUGCUACUUUGUGCUUAACAAUUGAAGACAUCCAGUUUCAUGUAUGACUGAUCUUGACUCCUCAGAUACUAAUUAACUACAAAGCUACAACAAGAAGGGAAAUGCUCCGGGAGUUGCCAAGGUUGGGACCCUCCAUCAUUAGGCACUCACAUCUCCUUGGCCCACGAAAAAUAGCAUUGGUUCCAAUACCCCAGCCGUGCUACUUCACCGAAUGCACCAUUGGAUCCUCUCACUGCUGAAAGCUCGAGUUUCAGACCACGACUAUCCUUAACCUUUCUCCAACUUAACCACAACAAAUUGAGGAAGCAAAUUCUACCAAAGGAGCCAUGUCCAAGGCACAACCAUUCUACUAACCUAAAUUGCCUAGACAUCAUUGGAAUAAUCUCAUGAUGCUGAAAGUUACCUAGCCUCUUCAAUCUGUCCUUCAUGGUAGAUAAAACUGCUAGAAAAAGAAUUCCAAGGGAAACGAAAGCAAAGACGUAAAACACCAAAAUCUUUAGAAUAACAUACGAA